ACAACUGCUGGUGAAGCGUUGCCAUUACAGGCAAGGGGCUAACGCUAAUGUUUGCUAACUAAUCAGCACGACAGGUGUCAGUGUUGUGUGUGUGUGUGUGUGAGUGUUCCGGCCGAAUCAUGGAACAGUGUGCAUGUGUGGAGCGGGAGCUGGAGAAAGUUCUCCAUCGCUUCGUUAUGUACGGCCACCAGUCGGAGGAGAGGUUAGACGAACUCCUGCGCAGUGUCUGUGAGAUCCGAGGACAGCUCGUGGCUUUUGGAGUACAAGAUGCAGACUUGUCGGUCUUGUCUCAGACUAUGGCCCAGUGCUGUAAGAAUAUCAAAGAAACAGUCCAGAUGCUCGCCUCCCGACAUAAGGACAUACAUGGCAGUGUGUCAAAAGUGGGCAAAGCCAUCGACAGAAAUUUUGAUGCAGAAAUCAGUGCUGUGGUGGCAGAGACGGUGUGGGACACCCCCGAGAGACAGAAAUACCUGAGUGAGACCAUUGUGGAGCACCUGUACAGACAAGGGAUGCUCAGUGUAGCAGAGGAUCUGUGUCAGGAGUCUGGUGUAGUUAUAGACAUGAGUAUGAAGCAGCCUUUCCUGGAGCUGAACAGGAUCCUGGAAGCUCUGAGGAUGCAGGACCUCCGGCCGGCACUAGAGUGGGCUGUGACGAAUCGGCAGCGCCUCCUGGACCUCAACAGCAGUUUAGAGUUCAAGUUGCACCGCUUGUACUUCAUCAGUCUGCUCGGUGGAGGAAUCGGCAACCAAAUGGAGGCUCUGCAGUACGCCAGGCACUUUCAGCCCUUCGCCUCUCAGCACCAGAGAGACAUCCAGAUCCUGAUGGGCAGUCUGGUGUAUCUGCGUCAUGGCAUCGACAACUCGCCGUACCGCAGUCUGCUGGAGACCAAUCAGUGGGCAGAGAUCUGCAACAUCUUCACAAGAGAUGCCUGCGCUUUACUGGGCCUCUCCGUAGAGUCUCCACUUAGUGUUAGUUUUGCAUCAGGCUGUAUGGCCUUGCCAGUGCUGAUGAACAUCAAGCAGGUGAUAGAGCAGAGACAGUGCAGCGGAGUCUGGACACACAAAGACGAGCUGCCUAUCGAAAUUGACCUCGGGAAGAAAUGCUGGUACCACUCGGUUUUCGCCUGUCCAAUCCUUCGGCAGCAGACCUCAGAGAGCAACCCUCCUAUGAAGCUCAUCUGUGGCCACGUCAUCUCCAGAGAUGCCCUCAACAAACUGACUAACGCUGGAAAGUUGAAAUGCCCGUACUGCCCCAUGGAGCAGAACCCGUCACACGCCAAGCAGAUCUACUUUUGAUACCGCUCACUCUACUCGCGAGUAAGGAUGAAGUUCCCUGGAGCUCUUCACAUUUCCAGGACCAUUUUUUGCUCUGGCAACUUUCCUCUGCCCCUGGCCUCUCGGGCCUGUUAUUGUAAGCAUUAAGGUUUUACCCCAGUGCUUCACUGGACAGCCUUGGCCGCCCCGUUUCCACCUCGGACCCUCUCAAGUUUGCGUAGUACACAGAUUCCAGCGAGAACUACAACCUGUCGUAGAGUGAGGAGCCUCUCAGCCAUGAGAGCAUCCUCACAAAGAAGCACCUCUGAAAAAGGAUCAUUCAUUGAAACUCAUUUGCAAAUGCCUGCAGAGUUAUUGGCUUAUCUUUUUAAAUAUGUAAUACUUUAUAGUGUUUGUUUGCUUGAGUUGGAUGACUGCUUCUUUUUUCUUUUUUCCUGACGGAAGCAGUGAAAUGACUAUGGAUGGGUGUGUGUGGGGCAAAGGCAUAGAUAAGCAGUUUUUGACUUCAGGAUGGUAAUAAACUUCUGUUACACAUGAGAACAACAGAGUAACAAACUGUGUAGUAGGUUUAUUAUUUGAUGGCGAGGGAGGACUGUGGAGGUCUGAAAUCAAAGUCGUGAUUGUCGACCGAUUACUCCUCCGUGAUGUAAUACAGGCCUCACGUAGCUUGAAAGUCGGAUGAUGUAUCCAUUUGAUCAGUGGAACGAUUAACUAACUCAUCAAUGGAGGAACGGCUUUUUUUUUUCUUUUCUUUUUGUGACUGACUGCACCAGCAAGAUCUCCCUCAUUAUAGAAGCCAUGUGUCUUGUUCUGUGUAUGUAUUUAACAAACGAUGACAAAAAGGAAACAAAAAAUAUAUACUACUGUGAAAUGUG